UUUAAUGGGAUUUCGUCGUGGGGUUCUAGAACCAGAACCAAUCGAAAUUCUUCCUGACAUCAUAUAUAAGAGGAGCUCCGGUUUUCAUUACGACCCUGGAUUUUCUUCCUCAUCUCUCUCCCUCUCUAUCCGCAAACCCUAAUUCCAAGUCUUCCUCUGUCUCUCUCUCUCUGUUUCAGCUGCAAUAAAUAAGAUCAGCAGCCAGAAUGUAAAUAGAACGGUUGAUUUAUGUACGGGGAGGAUUAUUCAAAUUUUGGGUGUGAGGCAAAAUACAUAAUUGGAGGAACGAUGGAAGCUAACAUAUGUGAUGUUAAUCACUUGGAUUCGGAUGUCCUUUUGCCUCCACGAAAGCGUCUUCUUGCUGGAUUGAAAAAGCAAAGCUCAGAAGUCGAUGGUGCUUUGCAUCUCUCUCUAGUUGCUUCUUCUUCUUCUUCUUCUACUUUCACGUCUGCAUCUGGAUCUGCAUCUGUUUCCGGUUCUGCGUCUGCUCCAUCUUUUGCGUCUUCAAGCGAUUAUGUAACUCGUCUUAACAAUCUAGUGAGUUCUCAUCCGAAUAAUCCUAAUGUUACACCAGAGGAGAUAAUUGAGGCCUCGAGAUCAGCAGCUAUUGCUGCAGCUAAGGCUGCAGAGACUGCAAGAGCUGCAGCCGAAGAUAAGGCUGCAAUAGCGGCAAAAGCAAUGGCUGCUGCCAAGAGUGCUUUAGAUCUGGUUGCCUCAUUUUCUGAAGAGGCAGCCAGUAAGGAAAGAUACCUGAAAAAAAAUAAGCAGAAGAAGCAUGUCCCAGUUCAGCUCUUGUACAAAAAAUACCAACCAAUUGAGAAUAACAAGACCGACGAAGAGUUGGCCCGUACGUUGCAUCGAGCUAUUAACAGCUCUCCAAGAAUCUCAAAGAAUUCUCCAAGUUCUGACUGGAAGGGUCAUAAACACAGGAAGCCUAAAAUCUCAGCAAGUCCUGAGAAAAGUAGGGAAUCCAAUGGGGCAAUCUUAUCGGAAAGAAUCCCAAACCCCCCAUCCAUGUGUAAUGGUCAUGCUGUAGCAGGCAAGGUCACUUCUCAAGGAUCCAUCCGAGAGUUAUACACGCUUAAAGCAGAUGAAAAGGCAUGCAAGUCUGAUAUAGCUGGCCAACUAGAGAUGAAUAACGGGGAAGCAGAAUCAAGUCAGCCAAGGGAUAAAACUUUGGAAGAUGUGUGUGCCACUGGUAAAAAGAGGGGAAGAGUGAAGCUAAAAAAGUUGCCCUUAAGCAUAUUUAACUUUAGGGAUCGGGCAAACCCCAAUGGCAAGAUGAAUGUGAGUUCCCCAUUGACUGAAAAGAAUGUGGACGGCCCUACUGCUAGCAGUAAGCCCUUAUUUUCAAUGGAACCUUCAGCUGAUGGUGUGAUGAUGCCAAUUGGGGCUGCACCACCAGUGUGGAAAUGCCAGGAGUUCAAAGCGCCUGCAUGUGUCAAACAAAAUAAAGUCAUGCAGUCAUGAUGUUCAAAUUGCUACUGCGAUGGAAGUUGAUAGCUGAGAAUAGCAAAGCUUGAAGCUAAGAUACGAGUGAUGCAAUAAUUUGCAUAAUAUCUGAUGACAAGUUGCAUAUUCAUCCCGGUCUUAGAUCCAAUCAUAAAUGAACAAUACAAUCCAGGUGUCUUUGGUAAUGUAAUUGGGGCAAAUUAAUUCUUUUCUUUUCUUUUU